GAGCGUUCGAGCCGCUCGCGUGCAGUCGCUGCGCGGGAUGGGGCUGGGUUGAGCUGCGCUGACGGGAGUUCGCUGUGUGUGUCAGCAGUCGCGGCCAGUUCUAGUAUUUGGCAGCAGCACAGUAUCUCCAGAUCAUUUUGGAGCACUAAAACAGUGCUGUCACAGAAGGAAAAGUGCUACCUACUUUAAUCAUCAUCACUGCUGUAUUCCCUAUAUGUCCAUGAGGGUUCCAAGGCUAUUGCUUACUGAAUGUGACCCUGAAUAGCUUCUGAAAUUUGCCAGGAUUGCCAGAUCAUUCUGCUUCUGCUGAUCAGGCUGAAGGUCUGCCUUGCAACUUGCAAACGAGAGACUGAGAAAGGUGUGGGAUAUUCCAGGCUGCUGAGCCACGUGACACAGUGGGGAUAAUAAGCAGCAGCAGUGAGCUGGAGCCGGGGCUUCUCUGGAGACUCAGCCACAGGAACCUGCAGCAGCAGAGAGGGAGGGAGGGGAGAGAAGGUCAUCACAGUUCAGCUCAUACCUGUAUCCUGACAGCUUCUACCUGUCCUGCCAGCAAGACUCAUCAAUAUUAACACCCUCUCACCUUGAAAAAAGAAAAAAAGAAAGGAGGAAGCAGGGAAAAACACCACUGCCUGAACUCAAAGAAAAAAGUAAAAAUAAUAAAAAUCAAGUAAUAAAAGCCACAGCAAGUGUAGAAUUGAAUCUGGUCCUUGAGCAAUAUGAACCAGAUAGAAACAAGUAUGCAGUACAGCUAUGAGUAUGAAGAUGAUGAGUAUAUGAUCCAAGAGGAAGAAUGGGAUAGGGACAUGCUCCUGGACCCAGCAUGGGAGAAACAGCAAAGGAAGACCUUUACAGCUUGGUGCAAUUCCCACCUCAGGAAAGCAGGCACACAGAUUGAGAACAUCGAAGAGGACUUCAGGAAUGGCCUUAAACUGAUGCUCCUCUUGGAAGUCAUUUCAGGGGAAAGGCUACCAAAACCAGACAGAGGAAAAAUGCGUUUCCAUAAAAUUGCUAAUGUGAACAAAGCCCUGGAUUAUAUCGCCAGCAAAGGAGUGAAACUUGUGUCAAUUGGUGCAGAAGAAAUUGUUGAUGGCAAUGUGAAAAUGACCCUGGGUAUGAUAUGGACUAUCAUCCUUCGCUUUGCUAUUCAAGACAUUUCAGUAGAAGAGACGUCAGCCAAAGAAGGUCUGCUGCUGUGGUGUCAGAGGAAAACAGCUCCUUACAGAAAUGUGAACAUUCAGAACUUUCAUCUUAGCUGGAAAGAUGGCCUUGCACUCUGUGCACUUAUCCACAGACACCGACCUGAUCUUAUUGACUACUCCAAGCUAAAUAAGGAUGACCCUCUAAGAAAUAUUAACCUUGCAAUGGAAAUUGCAGAAAAACAUCUGGAUAUCCCUAAGAUGCUGGAUGCAGAAGAUGUAGUAAACACUGCCAGCCCUGAUGAAAGAGCCAUUAUGACUUAUGUUUCCUGUUACUACCAUGCAUUUGCGGGUGCUCAGAAGGCUGAGACUGCAGCUAACAGGAUAUGUAAAGUGCUUGCUGUGAAUCAAGAAAAUGAAAAGUUGAUGGAAGAAUAUGAAAGGCUAGCAAGUGAGCUUUUAGAAUGGAUUCGUCGCACGAUCCCUUGGCUGGAAAACAAAACACCCGAGAAAACAAUGCAGGCCAUGCAGAAGAAACUAGAGGACUUCCGAGACUACCGCCGCAAGCACAAGCCUCCCAAAGUCCAGGAAAAAUGUCAACUGGAGAUCAAUUUCAACACCUUGCAGACAAAACUGAGGAUCAGCAAUAGGCCAGCUUUCAUGCCAUCAGAGGGGAAAAUGGUUUCAGAUAUUGCUGGUGCUUGGCAGAGACUUGAACAAGCUGAGAAGGGCUAUGAGGAAUGGUUGCUGAAUGAAAUACGAAGACUGGAACGACUUGAACACCUGGCUGAGAAAUUUAGACAGAAGGCUUCUACUCAUGAAACCUGGGCUUAUGGCAAAGAGCAGAUCUUACUCCAGAAGGAUUAUGAAUCUGCUUCUCUGACCGAAGUCCGCGCUAUGUUGAGGAAACAUGAAGCUUUUGAGAGUGACUUGGCUGCCCACCAGGACAGAGUAGAACAGAUCGCAGCCAUUGCCCAGGAGCUGAACGAACUGGAUUUUUAUGAUGCUGCAAGUGUCAAUGAUCGAUGCCAGAAGAUAUGUGACCAGUGGGACAAACUGGGAACACUUACUCAGAAAAGAAGAGAGGCACUGGAGAGGACAGAGAAAUUGCUGGAAACUAUUGAUCAGCUUCACCUGGAGUUUGCCAAGAGAGCUGCGCCAUUCAACAACUGGAUGGAAGGUGCUAUGGAAGACCUACAGGACAUGUUUAUUGUUCAUAGCAUAGAGGAAAUUCAGAGUUUAAUCACUGCCCAUGAACAGUUUAAAGCCACUCUGCCAGAGGCAGACGGUGAGAGGCAGGCUAUCCUGUCAAUCCAGAAUGAAGUUGAGAAGGUUAUUCAGAGUUACAACAUCAGAAUAAGUGCAAGCAAUCCUUACAGCACCGUCACUAUGGAUGAAAUCCGUGCCAAGUGGGAUAAGGUGAAACAACUUGUGCCUGUGAGGGAUCAAUGUUUGCAGGAGGAGCUAGCCCGUCAGCAUGCUAAUGAACGUCUGCGUCGCCAGUUUGCUGCUCAGGCCAAUGUCGUGGGGCCAUGGAUCCAGACCAAGAUGGAGGAAAUUGCUCGCAGCUCUGUUGAGUUGACAGGGACCUUGGAGGACCAGAUGAAUCAACUGAAGCAGCAUGAACACAAUAUCAUCAACUACAAAACCAAUAUUGACAAAUUGGAAGGAGACCAUCAGCUUAUACAAGAAGCCCUGGUGUUUGAUAACAAGCACACAAGUUAUACUAUGGAGCAUAUCCGUGUUGGAUGGGAACUCUUACUGACCACCAUUGCCCGAACUAUCAAUGAGAUUGAGACGCAGAUCCUUACAAGAGAUGCCAAGGGUAUCACCCAAGAACAAAUGAAUGAAUUCAGAGCAUCGUUCAAUCACUUUGAUAGGGAUGAAUCUGGUGAUCUACAGCCUGAUGCCUUUAAAGCCUGCCUCAUCAGUCUAGGACAGGUUGGAAAUGACCUGCAGGGUGAGGCAGAGUUUGCCCGAAUUAUGUCCCUGGUUGAUCCCAAUGGGCAGGGAACCGUCUCUUUCCAGUCCUUCAUUGACUUCAUGACCAGAGAGACUGCAGACACGGACACAGCUGAGCAAGUCAUAGCUUCUUUCAAAAUCUUAGCUUCAGAUAAGCCUUAUAUUCUCGCAGAGGAGCUGCGGCGAGAACUGCCUUCUGAACAAGCUCAGUAUUGCAUCAGAAGAAUGCCUGCCUACUCUGGUCCAGGUGCUGUUCCUGGAGCUCUGGAUUAUACCUCAUUUUCAUCAGCAUUGUAUGGAGAAAGUGACCUGUAAUUCAGUAAUUAGCUGUACUCACUGUAUGCAUUGGAAAAAACAACAACCCUGAUUUCCCAGUUUGCUUCUUGAAAGCUUUGACAAAAUAAUUUAAAAAUAAUUUGUACAAAUAUAGUAGGUACAUUCAGUGUCGAAUAUUAGGAAUGCAAAUAACUAGCAUAUAUUUCAGUGUGCAGCACUAGUAGGUAUCUGAAUUGAUGGUAUUAGUUUAUCUGGCCUAUAUAUUAUUAAAAUGUAUUUUAAAGAAAAGGUGAAUUACUAAUUUAAAAAAUAUAUUACAUUUGAGACCCAUUCAGAUAAAAGAAAUUAAAGCUUGUGAAAAUAGAAACUAUCAAGACUAACAAAAUAUUUUGCCAUUUCAAAAAUUCUUCAUCCCAUAUAUGCUGCUUUUAUUAUGUUCAUAGAGCUCCAUGUUAGAAGUCAUACUUUUUUCUUUCAUAUAAAAAUAUUACUUUACACAUUUUAUGGUUUUACAUGCUUCCACAGGUGGAGUUUAAUAAAAUAAAAAAUGCAACUUUUCAGAGAAGAAAAAUACCCAUCAAGUAAAAUACUUAACCACUAAAAUAUCUUUUAAAGGUUGUUUUUUAUUAACACAGAGCUGUAACAUCAGAAGCAUAAUCCUGCAAACCCAUAAUUAUAAUCUUAAUACCUUGUAAUAAAUCAACAAGCAGUACUUGUCCUUUUAAGCCUUUUUCUUUGCAGCUGAGAGAGCACAACUUUCACAGUCCAGAAAUAGUAAGGAAGCUAAUACAUGUAAGUUGUAUUAUUUUGAAACCCUCAGUCAUGUCUAUUUUGAAUAGAUUCUUUGUUUCCCACUGUGUGAAAGCCAGUUCUUUGUUUUCUUGGUGAACAACCUGCAUCAUCCCAUGUGAUACAAAAUCCUAUCUGAACUAGCUGAGUAUGGUUGUGUUGCAGUUUUAACUGUAUGUCACAUACAGAAUUCAGAUUAUAGUUUGUCUUCACUUCUGUUGAAUGGCAGUUCUGCUACCAUAUGCUAGUUAGUUUUACCGGAGUCAUGUUUCCAUCUUGACAACCUGUAGUGAAGUAAAGCAAUCACUUUUUUAUUUAAAUCCUAACAGACACUGAAAAAUGCAAUGUAACCAAACAAAACACUCACAAAUGGUGAAGCUGUGAACUGUACAAGCCAGUGCUACUAAAGCAAUGAUGU